AGUAAUAAAUAAAGCAAUGUCGGACAAGAGCGCGCUUUGAGGAUGACUCAGGUCGAAACAUGAAAAGCGGACCUUUUAUAAACCUCACGACGCAAACAGUAAGCCAUCAUCAAAUCAAAAGUAUGGACGAACAGAAAGUAUCUGAAGCCAAUGUUCUCAUCAUAUACGGCUUUGGCAAGGAUGAGAAUAUGCCGAGUGGGUCUGGUUUCUGUCAAAAGGUAGAAACCUUUGCAAGAGCGACAAAAAUCCCAUAUGAGCUCCGCGCAACUCUGCCUGAUCGUGCGCCGAAAGGAAAGCUUCCUUACAUUACUUUCGGAGAUGAAACUGUCGCGGAUUCCCAUUUCAUUUUAAAAUACGUCGUCCAGAAGCGUAUCUCUCGGGAUCUAGAUGCCUCUUUAACUCCUUCUCAAAAGGCGGACUCCCGCGCUUUCCAGUCAUAUAUUGAGGAGCAUUUGUAUUCGUGUAUUUGCUAUGAGAGGUGGAUGGUAGAUGCCAAUUAUCAGGUUGUCGUCCGGGAGUCCUUUUCGGCAGCUCCGUCAGUACUUCGACCAUUGUUGGGCUGGUACUUUUGGAGAAAAGUGAGGUCCGGAUUGUGGGCACAGGGCGUGGGAAGGCAUUCGACUGAAGAAGUCUAUGGGCUUCUGGAGGACGCUGUAACCCAUCUCGCGGCAAGGCUGGAGGUUCAGUUUGACAUCACUGCGGACAAGUCAAGACACAUUUACUUUCACGGAGGAGAGAGCCCCACCCAGAUUGAUGUCAUUCUUUAUGCGUUCCUUGCCAACGCUAUCGCAACUGAUUCCAAUCCGUACUUUAACAAGCUUAUGCUUGCCCAGCCAGCACUGGUGACAUUUACAAGACAAAUGACGACUCUUUUGUUUCCCGAAUACACAAAGGUCUUGGAAAAGCUAGACGCUGGUACUCUUGCGAAAGACUGAAAAAGCAACUCUUGACGAGUUGAAAAGCGGCUGACCCUUCGAUCCAACCACCAAGUGACAAAGCCGUUCGUUCAUCAUAUGCCUUAUGUAACUUACACCACAAGUGUAAAAAUAGAUUUGGAUGAUGGAUGGAUGUAAAGACAGAGGGAAAUCCGUUUUGGGACCUCUGCACGUGCUGUAUGAAAUUCUCUCCCUUUGAGUACCGAGGGAUGGACAACGUGGAGGAGUUUGUGCUCUCGCUCCGUCAAGUAGAAUCAAGUGCAUCUAUUUUCUUUUGUGUUUGUGGAAUGGUGUGGGGAACAAUUCGAAAAUCUCUGUGGAA